AUGACUACCUUCGCUGAAUUCGCCGGCAGUCAGCUUACUAGUCCCACUCAAGCCAUCGUGCUAUUAGCAUCGCUCAUCUCAGCAAGUGUAUACUUCUUCCUUAGGGCAAUAUUCCCUACUCGAUUGGUGGACAAGCAUGGCAACUCGAUUCCCUCUGGACCAGUUGGCCUCCCAGUUUUGGGCUCCUUCCCCUUCUUGACGAGAUAUCCGGAGUUGACGCUGGACUACUGGGCAAAGAAGUUCGGUCCUCUGUACUCUCUUUGGCUCGGCAAUCAGCUUUUCGUCAUCGUCUCGGAUCCUCAAGUGGUGAAGGACCUUAUGGUUACCAAUGGCGCCAUAUUCUCCUCCAGGAAGGAGAUGUUCCUGAAGUCGAAGACCAUCUUCGCGGGACGUGGAAUCACCGCCACUCCGUACAACGAAACCUGGCGCAAGCACCGCCGUAUUGCUGCUGGUUCCUUGGUCCAGAAGGCUGUCGACGGGUACACCCACGUCCUUGACUACGAGGCCACAAUUCUCGUCAGGGAAUUGUUCACAUAUGGCCAGGCGGGCAAUGCCCCGAUAAACCCGCAACCGCACGCCGGGCGGUGCUCGUUGAACAACAUGUUGACAAUUGUCUUCGGCACUCGUACGGAUUCGAUUGACCAUCCCUUGGUUGGUCGCGCCCUCCGUCUUUCCCGCGAAUUCAUGAACUGUACUGGACCCGUUUCUAACUUAAUUGACUUCGUUCCCCUCCUCCAAAAGCUCCCGAACUACAUGACUUCCCGUGGCAAGCAACUUCACAAGGACCUCGUUGAGACAUAUGGCGGAAUGAUCCUCGACAUCGAAAAGCGCAUGAAGGACGGAGAGAAAGUCCCUGACUGCCUCGUGAAAACGAUGAUUGAAGUGAAGGAUGAGGAACAGCUUGAUCACGUUGAUAUGGCCAUCCUCUGUGCAGCAUUCAUGAUUGGUGGUGUCGAGACGACGGCUUCGAUUAUGCAGUGGUUCUCAGCUCUCAUUCCAGCGUAUCCUGAAAUCCAGGCCAAGGCCCACGCUGAACUGGAUCGUGUUGUUGGUCGCGGGAGAUUACCAACCGUUGAGGACGAGAAGAACAUGCCAUAUAUCCAUGCCAUCGUCAAGGAGGUCGAACGUUGCCACAACCCAUUCUGGCUCGGAACGCCACAUGUGAACACUCAGGACUUCACCUACCGAGGCCAAUUCAUUCCCAAGGACACUGUCGUUGUGCUCAACACUUAUACCAUGCACCACGACCCCGCUCGCCAUCCUGAUCCCCACACCUUCAAUCCGGACCGGUACAUCAACGACCACACACUUUCUUCCGAGUCUGCUAAUCUUAGCAAUGCUUAUGAACGUGACCACUGGAUGUUUGGCGUAGGCCGCCGCAUUUGCCCUGGUAUGUGGGUCGCUGAGCGUGAGGUUUGGUUGGCGAUCUCUCGUAUGUUAUGGGCUUUCAAGAUGGAAGAAAUUCCUGGAGAGCCCAUCGAUCUUAAGGAGUACGACGGCCUGUCUGGUCGCUCUCCCGUACCUUUCCGCAUCAAGAUGAUUCCUCGUGAUCAUAAGGUCAAGGAGGUUCUCGGGCUUUAA